AACGCGUUGGAAAUCAAUAGUGGAAUCAUGCGUCUGCUGCUGCUUGCAACCUGUUUGUGUCUGACUGUGCCAGCGUCUUUGCAGCUGCCGAGCUGGACGCUGCUGAGCGGCGAGCAGCGCACCAUCGAGAAGUGUCUGCGCAGCUAUGGAGGACUCAAUGAGGAAAAUGCGGGACGUCUGGAGCGAUAUACCCAAUGGUCGGAUAGCUCUGAGGAGCUGCCCUGCUUCACGCAGUGCUAUCUGAAUGACCUGUUCGAGUUCUAUCACGAUCAAGCGGGCUUCGACGAGCGUCGCAUCAGGCAGCAUUUCGGCGACGCCGUCUUCGAGGCGUGCAAAGAGCGGCUCAAGCUGGGCGCCGAUCAGAAGGAGAGCAGCUGCGAGCAUGCCUAUGCGGGCUUCCACUGCAUUGUCAGCCUGGAAAACGAUCCGUUCAUACUGAUCGAAAAGAUGCCCAAUGUCACACGAAGCGCUAAGUCGGCGAUGAAGAAGUGCCUGCAGCAGGUGGACCAGGUCGAAUGGAGUCGCAUUGGUGACUACGCCCAGUUUCCGCUGACAGAGCCGAUACCGUGCUUUACGCGCUGCUUCAUCUCGCAGAUGCAGCUAUUCGACGAACGCACCCGCCGCUGGCGUCUACCCGCCAUGCGUCAGUCGCUGGGCGUGCCCCUCGUGGGCGCCCAUACAGCCGGCUGUGCCCAACGUCGCGCGCGCAAUCCCUGUGCCACCAUUUACCAGCAGUUCAACUGCUAUGUGGUAGCCGUUUAGAUGCUAAU